AUGACCAACAAGCAAGGCUUUGCCGCGUACCCACCAAAAGUGAAGCACACCGAGAUCCUAGGAUACGUUGAAGAAGUCAACGGUAUCUUUCACUCUCGCGAUAUCGGUCGAGGCUUCGAGCUCUUCGGGAACGUCUAUCUCGAAUUCGGUGACACCUUCUGCAAUGACAGCAACGGAGAGUUCGUCGGCCUUGCAAAUAAUACCGUGGCAAUCAUCGAGGACACGAACCAACCGCUCAAGAGCAAGUAUCUCGAGGUCGAAGAGAACGGAUUCAUCAAGCCAUUCAUCCCUUUGACGUUCGAAGAGCAGCAGCUUGAGGGUCGUGUGGUUCUCUGGGCUUUUGGCGGGGUGGUCGAGAUGAAGGAUGGCACUGGCCGUCUGUGGUACCAAAAGAGCAUCGAUCAUGGGAGUGGCAAUUUGGAGUACUUCGGUACUGGGGUCGCGAAAGUUAUCGAGAACUACGGUGAAGAGCAACAGCCUAUUGUUCACCGUAUGGACAACCUCACCUUCGGUCCCGAUGAGCCUCGCAUGGGAACAUUCACUGCUAUUGCGGACGGCGACUUCAUCUACCUCUUCGGUGACAGACCCGAUGGCAAGAUUAUCCUUGCCAGAGUCUACGAUGGACGCUACCAAGGUCGUCUAGGAGAGAAGGAAGCGCACUACUACUGGGAUGGAAGCGAUUGGGUACAAGAUUGGGGAAAGGCGGCAGUGGUGAUCGAGGGCAUGCAGCAAGGCGCUAUCGUGCGAUCGAAGCUUUUCGGUGAAGCUAGGCCAUUCGUGUUCGUCGGUACGAGCAAAUGGGCAGACAGUCAGGUCUUCAUGGGUGCGUCAGCCAAGUUGGAAGGCCCGUGGAAGCUCGAGGCUGUGUGCAAGGCAGAGGGUAUCAAGGAGCCUACGAGCAAGGGCAAGUGGAUGUACUGUAUCUACCCGCAGCUUUGGGCUUCAGACGAGGAGAACGCGGAGCUCAUGGUGACUUGGAGCGAGCAGUGCCCGGGUGGUAUUGUCGCCGCUAAGAUCAAGCUGGCUGGCGUUGAAGACGACGAUAUAGGCUCUUGA